CCAUGGUGACAGACGCACAACCCAGUGACGGUUCCACUCCUCACCACUUAGACGUUCCCCCUAACCGACUUACCUAAGAUUGACUCAAUCUAUGGACCACAGGAUCCGUAUAAAACCCUGUCAACUAUGGUCUCUAGCCUGGACUCUAAUACUACAGCCGUCACUACAGGAUCUGUUGCUGACCACGACGCAUUUAAGGAGAUCCCUCAGCAGGUGGAGGCCGAGCAAAGGUGGGCGGAGGUAGUGGACGGGAGGUGGGCUGCCAGCCGAGGGGAAGUGGGCAGAGGAGAAGUGGCCGAGGCGGACAGGAGAUGGCGGGAGGAGGCGGAGAGGAGAGCGGGUGGAGGCCGACCAGAGGUGGGCGGAGGUAGCAAGCAGAGGUGGGCAGGAGGUGGCGGAAGCGGAGAGGAUAUGGCGAGAGAAGAUGGCAAGAGGAGGCGGACGGGAGGUGUCAGAGGUGGAGAAGAGAUGGCGGGAGAAGGCGGACAGGAGGUGGUAGAGGCGGAGGAGAAGUGGCGGAGGCGGAGGAGAAGUGGCAGAGGCCGGGAAGAAAGAGAGAGGGAAUGGCGUAAGGAGGCGAACGUGAGGUGGCGCAGUCGGAGGAGAAGCGGCGGAGGCUGGGAGGAAAGAGAGGAGAUGGCGGGAGGAGGUGGACGGGAGGUUGUUAUGUUGAGCCGCAAGCAUGAAGCCAGCCUUGUCAAGCGCCAUUUUGAAGUCCUUGGCCCCACUGGUAAGGAUCCUUCGAAGGGGGCAAAGCGGUGGCUCUGCCAUUACUGCGAUCUAAAAUUUUCGGGCAAUCUCAAUCGCCUGAAGGAACAUUUCACGAAAGGGAUUUGCGCAGUUGAGAAAUCAACGAAAACAUUGACCGCAGAGGAAACAUUGCGAACGAAGGAAGGACUGCGGCAGGCAAGGAUAGAAGUGGGAAUGCCGAGGGAUGGUGCCAAUGCCCUACCUGCUGUCACCAGUUUGGUGGCUGCUUCUAUGGGCGGGGGUUUGGUCGAAGGGGUGGGUGGCGCUUGUGGCAAAGCGGCGGCGACGCUUGUGACGAAGGGGUGGGCGACAGCGGGCCAGGUAUCACGAUCAAAAGUUUUUGAAGAGGAGAUUGGCCCAAGAAGCGUGGUUGGGGUGAUCAUGGAUAAUGCCUGGGUUUGUGUGAAGGCCGGGAAGUUGGUGGAGAAAAAAUACUCGUGGAUAUUCCGGGUGGGUUGCACGGCACAUGCCCUUGACCUCGCAUUGGAGGACAUGGACAAGCGCAUUCCGUGGUUUGCGGGGACUGUGAAGAGGGGGAAUGUGUUGGGGAAGUUCGUGAUGAACCACGACAAGGUUCAAGCACUCUUCCUGACCAAAUCGGGUGGUGUGCAGAUUAAGAGGCCGGGCGUCACUCCAUUCGCGACCAACAUCAUCAUGUUGCAGUCGUUGUGGGACAGGAGAAACAACCUGAAAUUGACUGUGGCUGCCAGCGGGUGGGUCUCCUCCAUAGUGCCGCCCCACUUGCGUUCUCAAUUCGAGGAGGUGACAGUGACUAUCUUGGAUGGCGACUUUUGGGAGCGGGUGGACAAGGCCUUGAGGGCCACGGACCCCAUCGUAACGCUACUGAAGCUCGUCGAUGGUCCGGGCGCAACAAUCGCCAAGGUUUAUCAUCGAAUGGAUGGUGUGGUGGAGUCGAUUCGCAAGUUGGACAUCUUGACAGACUUCAAGAAGGCAGAGGUCGAGUCGAUCCUCAUGGAUCGAUGGGCGUUCACGACUUCAGAGUUGCACUGUGCAGCAGCCUUCUUGGACCCGGAGUACACAUCGCAGGGCUCCUUCAAAGACACCGAGAUUCGAGCCGGGUUCAACACAUGGUUGUACACCUGGUGCACGGACGAGAUGUUCGAUGACGUGAGCUGGCAGGAUGACAAGAGGACGAAGAUUAUGCCCGCCCGCCUAUCAAAGCUCGUCUACAACAAUUGGAACCUCCACCUGCAGUGGAGGCAAGAGCACGGUCGUGGUGUGGAUGAUGUCCACAUUCCGUGGGUGGAGGAAAUGUCUGAUGCCGAGUUGAAGGAGGAGGCAGAGCAAUUUUACAAUGAUUGGGUGAAACGGGCGACGAACAGCACACCGAGUGGCGGGAAUGACGCAUCGGAGGAGGAAGACGAGUCGAAGGACGACGGCGACGGUGAGGAAGUGCCUAUGGCAAGGAGGUGGUUCCGCAAUAACGAGGUGGACAAUGCAAUGGACCAGGAGGAGGGCCUUGCGCACAUAGAUAACGCCCAGCACCUGAACAAGGAGGACCGGGAGUUUGAGCUGCGGGCUCGAGAGACGGGGGAUUGGGUGGAGGGUCGAAAGGAAGGCGGAAGCAGCAUGCAACGUAAAGUGCGGUGCGGUGAUGAGUGUCGUCGUGACGGUAAACGUGCUGCGGAGGAGGUCAUUGCACCUCCGGAGAAACGGAGGAGAGGGCGGCCGACCAACAAAGAGGUCGCAGCAAGAAAAGAAGCAAUGCGAGCUGAGAAGAAAAAGGCAGCGUUGGAAGCAUCGAGAAAAAAGAAAACCACUGGAAAGAAAAAAACAGCAGCAAAAACAAGAAAGAGGGACGACAUCAUCGACGAUGACGGCACGGAAGCAUGUUCAUCGUCUUCAAAUUCAUCAGAGGAAGGGGAUGAUGAAGAUCAUGAUGCCAUCAACAGAGAACCGCGGAGUGUAGAGGAGGGAACUGAGCACGAGGAGGAGGAGGAGGAAGACGAGGAGGAGGAGGAAGGCGAGGAGGAAGAGGAAGGGGAGGGGGAAGAAGGGGAGGAGAAAGAGGAAGGGGUCGUAGAGGAAGAGGGUGAGACUUUUGCACGGGGAGAUGCAGAGGAUUAGGAAAUUUAGGCGGAGUUGCCACUGACUGCAAAGUUCGCAAUUUCGCAGUUUAUCUUUCGAUGUUCGGUUGUACUUAGAACAAAGUAAGAACUAUGAA